CGCAGCUAUCUGUUAGACAAGAACAAAAAAAAAAACGUUAACAGCUCUCUCUCUCUGGUGGCCGACGAACUCUUCCCCCUGGUGGCGGCGCUCCUUCCUCCUGCACUUUUCCGUCGUCGACGGCACUGCCAUUGCCGGUGCUUCUUCCCCGCUGCAUUUUCCCGUCGCCGAGCCAACAAAGGUAAACCCUAGUUUUUUUUUCUUUUUUGUUUCUUUUUAAAAAUUACUUUGUUUUAGGUUUAAUUUUGUUGAAUGUGAGCUGGUAAGGUUGAUUUUUUUGUUGAAUAUGAGGUUUUAGGUUGAUUUUUUUGUUGAAUGUGAUGUUUUAGGCUGAUUUUGGUGUUUAAGAUUUGUUAAAAUUACUUCCUCCUGCACUUUGUUGAAUGUGUGGUUAUAGAUUUGUUAAAUAUGAAAUAUAGGUUGAAUUUGAGGUUUUAGAUUUGUUAAAUAUGAUAUAUAUGUUAUAUAAAAAAUGUUAAGUUAAUUUGUUAAAUUUGUUAAAAAUGUUAGUUAAAUGUUUAUAUAUGGAUUUUUAGUUAAUUUAAAAUGCAUAUUAUGAUAUUGAUCAUUUGUUGAAAUGUUAUGUAUCGUUAGUUAUACAUAUUAGAUUAAAUGGGAUGUUACACUAUUAUAUUGAAAUGUUAGGAUUCUAAUUAACAUUUUUAAAUCGAAAUGUAGUUUUAGAUCAAAAUGUUGUCUAAUAGAGAAUGGAUGUACACGAAGCGACUUGAUAGUCGUCGUUUGUGUGUUUAAUCCGCAAUGGCCACAUUAUGUCAAUUUGUUUUUGGAUUUUGCUUACACGAACGCAACAAACAUCCAACGUAUUAUUAGGGAAGGGGUGGAAGUUUUUGAAAUUAGAUGUCCGUGUGUGAAAUGCAAAAAUAUUUAUUACCACCCGAGAGAAUUAGUUUUUAACCAUCUUAUUGCCCGGUUCAUCCGUGGGCCCAGUUCAGUGAUAUUCCAAAUGAGGCUCUUAUACAGAUGUUUUCGCGUUUCGGGACCAAGUACAGGUGGCAUUCACAAGAGAAUGAGAACAUAUUUGAUGCAUUCAAGUGUGUCCUCAAGGAUAGAUACAGAGAUAGGAUGAAAGCUACUAUGAUGGGAUGCAUAACUACCGCCCCGAACGCGUAUCGGAGACUGUGUGGCAAUGUUUGUGUGAUCAUUGGUCCACAGAGAAGUGGCAAAAGAAUUCAAAAAUCGCUCAGCAGAAUCGCAACACCGCAGAUUCUAGUGGGUCAACAGCAAGACACACUGCACCAGCAGGAAUUAGUGGGUACUGCGGGUAGUAUAGGAUUUGACCAGCACCGUAGGAAAUUAGAAAAAUUGAUGGAAGCACAAGAGGCGUAUAUGCAUGGGUUGGUCAACAAAUUUGGUGAAGAUCCUUCAAAUCGUAAGGAUGAUGUAGAUGUAUGGGAGGAAAGCCAACUUAGAAGAAAAGGAAAGAAGAAGGGUGCUAUCUAUGGGAUAGGAGCAUCAGAUAUACAUUUUUUGGUUUUAGGGACUCCAUCUUCCCAAUCCACCCCGUCCACCCAGUCGGAUAGCACGCAACAAGAGGUUGAUAGGUUGCGUGCGCAAGUUUCGGAACAACAACAACAAAUGAAAGAACAAAUGGAGAUGGUUAUGAGGAUGAUAAAUAUGUCUGGAAAUCAACCCCCGUGGUCCCCCGAUAAUCCACCCGAGGACAAUUGAUAAGUAUUUUUGGAACAAUUGAUAAGUAUUUUGGAACAAUUGAAUUUGUAAACACUUGUAUUGUUUGCUUGUUUUGUUAUGCUUAAUUUGUAUGGUACUUGAGACAUUUGUAUGGUAUUUAAGAC